UGCCGUCCCUCCCCUCCUCUCUCCAGCCUGCGCCGGGCAGGGAGUCGCCUCCAGGUCCAGGAGCGAGAGCAGCCGCAGCUGGGAGCGGAGCAGGCACGGUGGAGACCUGCUGCCGCCCCUCGCCCUCCUCCCGCUGCCCCUCGCACCAUGGCCCGCUGCACAUCAGCGGCCGGGCUCGGCUUCGUGCUCCUGCUGUGGAGCGGGGCGCUUUUCCUCGCCGCCUCCCCGCAGCCCCAGCCGCCGCGGGGCAGCGUGUGGUGCCCCAGCCGCUGCUUGUGCUUCCGCACCACGGUGCGCUGCAUGCAUCUGAUGCUGGAAAGCGUCCCCGCCGUGUCGCCCCAAACCACCAUCCUAGAUCUACGGUUUAAUAGAAUUAAAGAAAUUCAGCCUGGAGCAUUUAGACGGCUUAAAAACCUGAACACACUGCUUCUAAACAACAAUCAGAUUAAAAGAAUACCUAGUGGGGCAUUUGAAGACCUUGAAAAUCUAAAAUAUCUCUAUUUGUACAAGAAUGAAAUCCAGUCAAUUGACAGGCAAGCAUUUAAAGGACUUGCCUCUCUAGAACAACUGUAUCUGCACUUUAAUCACAUAGAAACAUUGGAACCUGAAUCCUUUACGCAUCUUCCAAAACUUGAAAGACUAUUUUUGCAUAAUAACAGAAUAGCUCAUUUGGUUCCUGGGACAUUUAGUCAUCUGGAAUCUAUGAAGAGACUGCGUUUAGAUUCAAAUGCUCUGCAUUGUGACUGUGAAAUCCUAUGGCUGGCAGAUUUGUUGAAGACAUAUGCAGAAUCUGGUAAUGCUCAAGCAGCAGCUACUUGUGAGUAUCCAAGGAGGAUCCAGGGACGAUCAGUGGCCACAAUAACACCAGAAGAACUUAACUGUGAGAGGCCAAGAAUUACGUCGGAACCUCAGGAUGUGGACGUUACCUCAGGGAAUACAGUGUACUUCACUUGCAGAGCUGAAGGCAAUCCCAAACCAGAAAUUAUCUGGCUUCGAAACAAUAAUGAGCUCAGUAUGAAAACAGAUUCCCGUCUCAACUUACUAGAUGAUGGCACUCUGAUGAUUCAGAAUACUCAAGAGACAGACCAGGGUAUUUACCAGUGUAUGGCGAAAAAUGUGGCAGGAGAAGUGAAAACUCAAGAAGUUACUCUUAGAUACUUUGGGUCACCAGCCAGGCCAAGUUUUGUGAUCCACCCACAAAAUACAGAAGUAUUAGUUGGAGAAAGUGUUACUUUGGAAUGCAGUGCAACUGGCCACCCGCAACCGCGGAUCACAUGGACAAAAGGCGACAGAACCCCUUUACCAAAUGAUCCUCGCAUCACAAUAACUCCUUCAGGAGGCCUUUAUAUACAAAAUGUGAACCAGGAAGAUAGUGGCGAGUAUACCUGUUUUGCAACCAACAGUAUAGAUAAUAUCCAUGCAACUGCUUACAUCAUAGUGCAAGCUGUACCUCAAUUUACUGUCACUCCUCAAGACAGAGUAGUGAUUGAGGGCCACACUGUAGAUUUCCCUUGUGAAGCGCAAGGCUAUCCACAGCCCGUUAUUGCCUGGACCAAAGGAGGGAGCCAACUCUCUGUAGAUAGAAGACAUCUAGUACUAUCAUCUGGAACACUGAGGAUUUCCGGAGUUGCUCUACAUGACCAAGGCCAAUACGAAUGUCAAGCCGUCAACAUUGUAGGAUCCCAAAGAACAGCUGUACAGUUAACAGUACAACCUAGAGUUACCCCUGUGUUUGCUAACGUUCCGAGUGAUAUGACAGUAGAAGUUGGCAUAAACGUUCAGAUUCCAUGCAGUUCUCAAGGAGAGCCUGAGCCAGUAAUAACAUGGAAUAAGGACGGAGUUCAGGUAACAGAAAGCGGAAAAUUUCAUGUUAGUCCGGAGGGAUUUCUUACCAUUCGUGAUGUUGGAACAGCUGAUGAAGGUCGAUAUGAAUGUGUUGCCCGGAAUACUAUUGGAUACUCCUCAGUUAGCAUGGUGCUAAGUGUUAAUGUUCCUAAUGUCAGUCGAAAUGGAGAUCCAUUUGUAGCAACAUCAAUCGUUGAAGCAAUUGCAACUGUUGACAGAGCUAUAAAUUCAACACGUACACAUUUGUUUGACAGUCGUCCUCGUUCUCCAAAUGAUUUGCUAGCCUUAUUUCGAUACCCAAGAGAUCCUUACACUGUUGAGCAAGCAAGAGCUGGAGAAAUAUUUGAAAGGACAUUGCAGUUAAUUCAAGAUCAUGUACAAGAUGGUUUAAUGGUUGACCUAAAUGGAACAAGCUAUCACUAUAACGAUCUUGUAUCUCCACAAUACUUGAACCUGAUAGCUAAUCUGUCAGGCUGCACAGCCCAUAGACGAGUGAAUAACUGCUCAGAUAUGUGCUUUCACCAGAAAUACAGGACACAUGAUGGAACUUGCAAUAACCUGCAGCAUCCGAUGUGGGGAGCCUCUUUGACAGCCUUUGAACGUUUGUUAAAGUCAGUCUAUGAAAAUGGAUUUAAUUUGCCUAGGGGCAUUGGACCUAAUAGACACUAUAAUGGAUACACGCUCCCCAUGCCUCGCUUGGUUUCAACAUCUCUAAUAGGAACUGAAACAAUAACCCCUGAUGAUCAGUUUACUCACAUGCUAAUGCAAUGGGGUCAGUUCCUUGAUCAUGACCUUGACUCUACAGUUGCUGCUCUUAGUGAAGCCAGGUUUUCUGAUGGUCAGCACUGCAGUUCAGUUUGUACCAACGAUCCUCCAUGUUUCUCAAUCAUGGUACCUCCAAAUGACCCCCGAGUUAGAAAUGGUGCACGGUGCAUGUUUUUUGUACGCUCCAGUCCUGUUUGUGGAAGUGGCAUGACAUCUCUUCUGAUGAAUUCUGUUUACCCACGAGAACAGAUUAACCAGCUGACUUCGUAUAUUGAUGCAUCCAAUGUGUAUGGCAGUUCAGACCACGAGUCACAAGAAAUCAGAGACUUGGCAAGUCAAAGGGGUCUUCUGAGACAGGGCAUUGUACAGAGAUCUGGCAAGCCGCUUCUUCCAUUUGCUACUGGCCCACCAACAGAAUGCAUGAGAGAUGAAAAUGAGAGCCCAAUUCCUUGCUUCUUAGCUGGGGAUCAUCGUGCUAAUGAGCAACUGGGUCUCACCAGUAUGCAUACAUUGUGGUUUAGGGAACACAACAGAAUUGCUACAGAGUUACUGAAACUCAACCCACACUGGGAUGGGGACACAAUAUAUCAUGAAACACGCAAAAUUGUUGGUGCAGAAGUGCAACAUAUAACAUACAACCAUUGGCUACCUAAGAUCUUUGGAGAGGUAGGCAUGAAGAUGCUUGGCGAAUAUAAAGGUUAUGAUCCCAAUGUUAAUUCUGGCAUAACUAAUGAGUUUGCAACUGCCGCUUUUAGGUUUGGUCACACACUUAUCAAUCCCUUACUCUAUCGGCUGGAUGAAAACUUUGAACCUAUUCUACAAGGCCAUAUACCUCUUCAUAAGGCAUUCUUCUCUCCCUUUCGGAUUGUAAAUGAAGGAGGCAUUGAUCCACUUUUAAGGGGAUUGUUUGGUGUUGCUGGUAAGAUGCGAGUACCAUCACAGUUACUCAAUACAGAAUUAACAGAGAGACUAUUCUCCAUGGCACGUACCGUGGCUUUAGAUCUGGCAGCUAUGAAUAUUCAGAGAGGCAGAGAUCAUGGAAUUCCUCCCUACCAUGAUUUUAGAGUUUACUGUAAUCUUUCUUCAGCUCAUACUUUUGAAGAUCUGAAAAACGAAAUGAGGAAUCCUGAAAUCAGGGAGAAACUUAGCAGGCUCUAUGGUUCACCUCUGAACAUAGAUUUAUUUCCUGCUCUUAUGGUAGAAGAUUUAGUUCCUGGUAGCCGAUUGGGGCCAAGUUUGAUGUGUCUAUUGAAUACACAGUUUAAACGUCUUCGAGAUGGAGACAGGUUAUGGUAUGAGAAUCCUGGUGUAUUUAGUCCACCUCAGCUGACUCAGAUCAAGCAAACAUCUCUUGCCAGAAUUUUGUGCGACAACGCUGACAAUAUAACCAGAGUGCAACGUGAUGUCUUUAAGGUGGCCGAGUUCCCACAUGGUUAUGGUAGCUGUGAAGAAAUUCCUAAACUGGAUCUCAGGAUGUGGCAAGAUUGCUGUGAAGGUGGAGGAAAAUGGAAUAUUUUCUGCAAAUGCACAUGAGGUUCUUGCAGUCUCCAGUCCAGUCUGGGAUUGAUGCCUUUCACUCUGAUGCUUCUAAAUGUGAAAAGCAAAAUUGAAUGCUACAGUUUGCUGCCAACUUCAGGUCCUGUUUUCUGCUUUGGUUUAUUUUCCAGCUCUAAUUUUUCUAAGACCUUCAACAUGUGAAACAAUAAUACUUAAACCCCCAGUCUUGUCUGUUUUCCUCAGAAGAAAUAUGAAAUGUUAAGGAAAAGCAGCAGAAAAUUUGGGUUCUUACUGCAUCCAUCAAUAACAGCAUCUGUUUGCCUGGAAAAUGCCCACACUCCGCUGUCCCCAAAGUGAUACAAGCAGGGACUACAGAUAAUAUUUGCCCCACCUCAAUGUCUAGGAACUUGCUUAGAAGCCAGAGCAGGGCAAAUAUUGGGGCAGUAGCAUUGAAAUCAGUAAUAAUGGGCUAGAUUCUCUCAUGCCAAGAUCCAUUCAGUGCGGGAAUCGGGGAGAGAAGAGUUUUGGUUAUGGCUUCUUGAUUGUGCUAGUAUAAGUUACAUCAGCGUAGGGUCUGCUCUGGUUUAUGAAAAAUGGGUACUGUAGGGGACCCUAUGCUAGCUGUGAACUGGCGGAGUAGAGAUGGGCUCUUCUCCAUCCAGAUGUGCCCUUUCCCUGCCCUGACACACACCUUACUCCAAUUGGUGUAGGAAGCAGUGUCGCCUGUUUUAUGAUAUCAAGUGUCCCCUUCCAGAGGAAUUCUCAAACCAGCAGUAACAGCCAGAUUCUAGUCCAGCAUCUGGAACUUGGAAAGGGAGAAUCUGUCCUAGGGGGUUCAUAUCUCCAGAUCUACAAGAAAGGAGGGUCUUCAGGCCCUUGCAUAAUAAGAUUCCAUCUUGUCUCCUUUUUGUCUAGAAACUGUGUUCCUUGUGUCCCAGGUACUCUGUGAUUUAGAUAUUAAGCUGAGAAUUAAGAAUACUAUAUUCUUCAGGCAUAACUCUCUCUGAAAUGCUAUAACAGCCCAGACAGUGUCUCAGAAUCUCACCCUCAUAGGCACCUUUUGAGGAUGAAAAAUUAUUAUAACUAGUGCAGCAAUAGAGGACGUCAUCUGCUCACUCCCACAGAGAUGUUGGAAUGCUCUCAGAUUCUGAAAGAGUCUGAAAGAAACAAGCUUUUACAUACAUUUUGUCACAGACUAUUUGUGUGUAUAUGUAUAAACCUAAGACAUUGUGUCUUUCUCAACCAGAGCCCCAAAACAGUUGGGACAAAAUUAUUCUGACUACCAAAAUCUAUACCAGAGUAUAACCGAUUCUGUUACACAUUAAUGCUCUCUCCAAACAAUGCUUAAGACUCCGUACACUCCUUUUGUUUUUUUCAUCACCACAAACAUAAGGACUACCAGACUGUAGCUUUCACAGAACUGGUUUAUGAAUCUGAAAUAUCCAGUUACAUGUUUACAAGGUAGGCUAGUAUGUAUGAAGGGCCUUGCACUUUAGCUAAUACAACAUUCUGCUAUGAAGAGCUCAUUUUAAAAGUUAAAUUCUGAUCAAGCCACUGUUCUGGGCCCUUCGAUUCAUUUCAUUCGCAAGCCUGAAAGUGAGUGAGCCAAAAGAGUGAUCCCAGCCUUCUCCAGGACCACCCUCCUCCCUCAGGGUCAGUUGGAAGCUCUUCUUAUGAAACGAAAAUACUGGGUAGGACAAAAUGUGUAGUGUGACCACACUUUGGAUAUAUAGUGUAUAGUUGUAUGCCAACUUGAUCAACUCUUAUAUAACAUGAACAAAGUAUAGACAGGAAUUUGCAGUGUAUUUAUUUAUUUGAUUUUUAUAACCACGAAAAAGUGCCUAUCCCUAGUUCUCAGUUCCCUUGACAAUCUCUUUAAAUAUAUAUAACAUACACAUUAAAUAAACUAUCUUUCCUCAAUUGCUGCCAGAACAUAAAAUUGUGGCCCCAGCAAAUAACUAACAAAAAUGUAAUUGCUCCAACGGAAUAUCCACUAGUGUUCUUUUCCAUUUUCUAGCCCAAUAAAUUCCCCCCAUUCCUGAGCCAGGGAGAAAAUGUGGGCUUGCAUAGGCUUCUUGAGGAUAAUAAAUUAGGGAUGUUCUGGGGAUCAGAUUCCAAAAGUAUAGAACCCUUAAGAAGAAUGUGUCCCACCAUCACCUUUUAUUUUAUAUCAGUAUGGCUCUAGCUCAGGUCCUUUUACUGACCAUAAUUGUGUAAAUAUGACUUGAGGAGAAAGGGUUAAAAAUGUUUAAUUUAAUCCAGCAAUUGUUUGGUAUAGAGACCUCUUGCUAUGUUAUAAUAAGAUACAAAGAAAAAGAUAUCCUUGAAGUAAAAGUUGCAUCUUGACUUAAUGAGUCCAGCAUACUCCAGUGUCCUAAUAAUAGUGUUACGCACUGACAAGAACCUCGAGUGCUAUAUAGACUCAAGAUGAAGAUAGUCCCUGCCUCCAAAGAAUUUAUAAUCUAGAAGGCAAAGAGAAGUCAGGAUAUGCUUGGAAGCUCAUAUAAGGUAACAAUUCAGAGGAUGUUUACUUGGCUUACUUCGUGUGAGUAUUGUGAAAUGAGUGAACUGGAAGGCUUCAAUGGUGACUCAAUCAGACAAAUUUGAGCAUCUGCUGGCAAAUUUUGCAUUAGUAAAAUGCAAGACUAUGCACAAAAAAUCAUGUGUUCUUACGGCAAACAAAACAUUUUAUUGCUGCUUCUAUCUGUCUGAUGAAUUAUAAACAACAGUGAACAAAAUUCAUGUGUGGAAUAACUCCACUGAGAUCAAUGAAGCUACACCAGGAGUGAAUUUGUUGCACAACAUUUCAGCCAUUUUAACAACAUAUAUAUAUAUAUAUAUUUAACAACACUAAAAAAUCAAAGUAGGAGUAGGAAUCAAAAAUGCUCAACAAACACUGUAACUUUCAUUUUGACUGUUACAAGUUGUUCUGAAGUAGCAGUGUAUUGUAGAUUAUGGUUCUCCUUUCCAAGUGAACUUUUACCAACUUUUCCAAAUUUCUGUAGCAUAAACAAUAAUAUACAGGCAAAAGUUCUUUGUCACAUAUUUAUAAAGUUAUAAAGAAGUUAAGUCCCAUAAAAAUUAAAGUCAAAAGAAAACAUGAGUUUCUCCUACCCUGGUAACAAAGAGAAUCUUUUGAACUUUUACAGUUAGAACAGAAAUAUCAAUAGGAAGGAAUUUCCCAGAUUGGUAAGUGAGAGAUGUAGAAAUUACAUAUACAGGUAGGAUGCAAGGGCUGUAUUCAUACUUGAUGUAAAAAAUGGUUUAAUAAUUAAUACUAUCUCUAUUUUUACUCAAUGUUAUAUGAAAUCUAUUUAGAUGAUAUGAUUAAUACUGAAUAUGUCUAUUUUCUCUGAUGACUUUACACAAUAUUUUCAUUGAAGAUUGAACUGAUUAAAAAGAUUUUGGAAUGUAAGUCUGCCAGAUGUCAAUUGCAAUAGGCAAGUGGCUCUAAAUUAUUCUGUACUGUGAAAGCACUAUUGACUUCAAAAGCUUAUUAAAUUGGAAACAGGCAAGUAAACCAACUUUUUCCAUUUUCAAAGACUGAGGUUUUAAGCAUAGAUGCUUUUUCUGAUGUCUAUUCAUGGGAAGAAACUUUAAAGUGAGUCCAAACACAAUGCUGAUUACAAUAAAAUCAGCAAAAAGAAAAGGAGUACUUGUGGCACCUUA